CCCCUUUUGGGCCUAUAAAGCGCCGGAGGGGACACGCGAGGGAAGACGCGAGGGGUCACGAGGAUGCUGGCGCUGCUCUGGAUGACAGUGACGGUGGUGGCCGGGGGGGGCCCUGAGGUGCAGUUCCUGGCGGUGGGUGACUGGGGGGGGGUCCCCAACCCCCCUUUCGCCACCCCCCGUGAGGUGGCCACAGCAGCAGCCAUGGGACAUGCAGCCACCGACCUCGGCGCUGACUUUGUCCUCGCCCUUGGGGACAACUUCUACUAUGAGGGGGUGCGGGACGAGUGGGACCCCCGCUUCCAGGAGACCUUUGAGCGGGUGUUCACAGCCCCGGGGCUGCGGGAGCUGCCCUGGUUCGUGCUGGCUGGGAACCACGACCAUGCUGGGAAUGUCACCGCGCAGCUGGCAUAUGGGCACCGCUCCCCCCGAUGGCACUUCCCGCACUACUACUACAGCCUGCGCCUCUCCCUGCCGGGCACCAACGUCUCGGCCCGGCUGCUGAUGCUGGACACGGUGCUGCUCUGCGGUGGUGGGGAUGACUUUGGGGUGGGGGGUGCCCCCAAGGGCCCCCAGGAUGCGGGGGCAGCGGCAGCGCAGCUGGCCUGGCUGCGGGGACGCCUGGCUGCUGCACGCCACGACCACUACGUGCUGGUGGCUGGCCACUACCCGGUGUGGUCGGUGGCCGAGCACGGCCCCACUGCCUGCCUGGUGCGGCUGCUGCGGCCGCUGCUGCGGCGCCACCGCGUCACUGCCUACCUCUGCGGCCACGACCACAACCUGCAGUUCCUGGAGGAAGGGGGGGUUGGCUAUGUGGUGAGUGGUGCCGGCAACUUCAUGGAAGAGUCCCAGCACCACAGCGGGGCCGUGCCCCCCGGCUCCCUCCGGUUCUUCUUCGGGGCGCCCGCGUCCCCCGGUGGCUUUGCCCACCUGCGCCUGGACGCCCAUGCGGCCACCGUCACCUACCUGGAGGCCACCGGCCGCGUCCUCUACCGUGUGGCCUUGCCCCCCCGUGACCUGUGA